AUGCUCAGAAACAAUGAGCUCAACAGUAGCAGCUAUUCCAGUCAGGGUCCAAGAUCACCCAUGGAUGAUUAUCUCGAACGCAUCACAAGAAUGCAACGAACGCCUACCGAAAUCACUGAUUACCCUCACUUCCCAAAUGUGCACGAAAUCUUCUUAAACAACCCAACACAUGCUGGCAACCAAAAGGGCCAAAACCCAAAGCCGUCCAAGAAAGUUCACAUUGUCGAACAGGAAAAGGACACUGAAGCUCGUAAACACGGAAACAUCGAAGUCAUUCAAGGUAGGACUAUUGAUUUUCAGGCGGAUGGGUUCAUAAAGUGGAAUCACAAGAAUUUUGCAUUGUGCAAAUGGGAUACUUUUAAGGGUUAG